AUUGUGUGUGGUACAAUAGGUGGAGUCUGGUACGAAACUGUCCUUUCACAUUUCCUGUAGAGGACAGUCAACAGUCACCGGUAGCUGCACCUAAACCUCCAGCUCCACAAAACAACCCAAAAAAAGGAAAUUUACCCAAGGAGUGAGUAUGUCGGCUAAUAAAGAUGGAGACGGUGGAUGGAAGAAAUUUGUGUGGAAUUCAGAGAAGAAGGAGUUUCUAGGACGAACCGGCUGCAGUUGGUUUAAAAUCUUCCUCUUCUACCUGAUUUUCUAUGGAUGCUUGGCUGGUAUUUUCAUUGGAACCAUCCAGGCCCUGCUGCUUACAAUAAGUAAUUACAAACCCACCUACCAGGACAGAGUCGCUCCCCCAGGUUUAUCACACACCCCACGCUCUGAGAAAUCUGAAAUCGCUUUCAAUGUCAACGACAAGGCGACGUAUGCCAAGUACAUCAAAAGCAUGGCAGACUUUCUUGCAAAUUACAGCACGGACGCCCAGACUGAUCAGAUGAAAUAUGAAGACUGUGGAGAUGUCCCUAGUACAUACAAGCUUCGUGGGGACCUGGAAAGCGAUGCAGGAGUUAGGAAAGCUUGCCGUUUCCCUCGGAGCUGGCUGAGAAGCUGCUCAGGAGAAGGUGAUGACACUUAUGGCUUCAAAGAUGGAAAGCCAUGCAUUAUUGUCAAGCUCAACAGGAUUGUCAAUUUCAAGCCAAGGGCUCCAACCAACCAGUCCCACCCACUGCUUGCCCCACAAAAAGUGCAACCCAACCUGAUCCCUAUUCACUGCACUAGUAAGAAAGAAGAGGAUGAACACAAAAUAGGAGAUAUCAAGUACUUUGGUUUUGGUGGUGGCUUCCCUCUGCAGUACUACCCGUACUACGGCAAGCUGUUGCAUCCCCAGUACCUCCAGCCUUUGGUGGCCAUUCAGUUUGCCAACCUCACCAUGAACGAGGAGGUCCGCAUUGAGUGCAAAGCAUUUGGAGAGAACAUUGCCUACAGUGAUAAAGAUCGUUACCAAGGACGCUUUGAUGUUAAGAUCACCAUCACCAACUCAUGACCUCAGCUAUGAUGAGCACUUUCCUCUACCCCAUUUGAAAACAAAUUAAUUUAGAGAAAAUAAACGUUAAAAAUAAACACGACUAGUCUUGGAACAUUCAUAAUAUACAGGACCUACACUUAAUCUGUGUGCUUUACAAUAGCUUUUCUGUGUUCGUUGAGGUUUAGAAUGUAAAAUACAAGAGUAGCAAUAGCCAAUAUUUAUUCUACUGUAAAUGAAAAUAUUCCUCGAGCCAUGGGACAUGUUCAUUUAUUACUGUAAAUUGCAAUUCCACUACUGAUGUGUAGCGAGCGGUGUUUCUGUCCCCAAAGUAUUUCUUCCUAAUGUGGUUUCUAUAUAUUUUUGGAGUGUCCAGUGCUGUAGUCUUGUCACGUUGUAAUCUCUGUUAUGUGAGUCAGCUUUAGUGGUCCAAGGUGUGUGUGUGUGUGUGUGUGCGUGCGUGUGUGUUUUUGUGUGUUUUUGUUUCUGCGUGUGUGUUAGUUUAUGUGAGUGUGUGGAUGUGUCUUAAUGUGCUCUUACUAACUGAAAUACUGGCAUGGUACUCUUAACCUUUAAGGCUCAUGUGUGAGUAAAUGAGUGCGCUCCAUGGAAACCUUUUUUUUUUUUCUUUACUAAGUUGUUUAAGUUGAUUGUGGAAGGAUACAUUUGUACACUUUUUCUUUAUUGUUCACCCUAGCUGUGGGACAUUUCUGUUUGACAUCUAUACUUCUGCUCAUUCUUAAUUCAAAGUGUAGAGCUUUGUGGGUCCAGCCUGGAUGACUGUCACCUCCAUGGAAACAGUGGCAACUCAGUGCUUUUAAAAUCUGUUUUGCUGGAGACAUCACAUGAUGUGGUGUAACUUUCUAUUGAAUGUUUUUGCCAUUUUCAUGGUGGAAGAAUUUUAUAUUUAUGCAGUUGUACAUUUUUUUUUUCACAGGAAAAAAGUGUAAUGUAUGAAUCCAAUACCAAAGUCGCUGGUCAAAAGUUAGAGUAUCACAAGCAAUGCAGUACCCCGUGUAAUAAGAUGUUUAGUUGAUGUGAAAGUGCUUAAUUCAAUGUUGAAGAUCAAAACACAUGUCAGGAGUCCAUCUGCUCUUGUCAUUUAUUUAAUCUGGAUAAGGCGGAAACAAUAAACAGAAAAUUCAA